AUGGGCGAUGAGGCUAUCCUAGGUCUGUGCAACCGAUUGAUGAAAAGCCGGGAUAGCGUCCAUAGCAUUAGAGAGAUAAAGACGGGAAAGCACAGAUCUGCGAUUACUACUAUUCAGCCAGUGAACAAGACCCCAGAACCCGUCGCACAAAACCCCUCUCAAGACCUCUGGACCAAUGGGGACGGUGGUAAAAAAGCCUCAAGAGCAGCGUUCACCUCAGCGCGCUUCGAGACCACGGUCAAAGCAAUGCGAGUACCCAGGAUGCGAUUCUCAAAUCCAGUGCGACUACCCAGACUGCAGUCACAUGGUAAACCCCAGGUCCUUGAAACGACACUAUCUGCGAGUACACUCGGAACAGCUGCGGCAAUACCAAUGCGAGGAUCCGGAAUGUGUUCAGAGCUUCAGGUUCAAGGCGAAAGCAAUGCACUUUUCCAGGAUGCGGUAGAUUCUAUGAUCAAGAUUACAUGGAAAAGCAUUUUCAGACCCAGCACUCCGGUGAGGUCAUUCGUAUUCAGUGCGAGUAUCCAGGGUGUGACAAGAUGUAUCCAACCAAGGAGGGCUGUAAGAGGCAUUACCGACAUCAGCAUUGUGGUCAACCAAGAAUUCUUCAUUGUGAACAUUGCGAAUGGGGCUUCACAGGAGCUCUGA